AUGGGCAACGAACAAUCUAAUGCUCGUAUAGCAUCGGACAUAGCUGAAAGGCUUGAGGACAUAGUCAAGGACGUGGCCCUCCGGGCUGAUUUUGGCGGAGCCUACCCUUCCUUUGAGAAUUUAAUUGGUGAAGGCCCAUUGCCAGAGGUCAAGUCUCUGGAGGACGUCCGUCGAGAGAUCAGGUCGAGAUCCGGGAGUAUCUAUGAACAUUAUGAGACUCUCCAGGCAAUCCUGCAGCGUCACGAAAACACUAUUCAGAGACGUUGGCUCAUGAAAUCCCGUCAAGAGAGACUCGCAAUACUGCUAAGUGCUUGGCCGAAUAUGACAUCCUCUCAUCGUCCUGACUUCGAUGUGUUCUGGAAAGGUUCAUAUGUCAUUCAUGACUACGACGGCGUUCCUCGAGAACGGUUUUUAUGUCCGUACAUCAACCAAGAAGACCUUCUUGUUCCCAAAGCAUUGCUGUUGCUGGCUAACUCCCGAGGCCGCAACCCUCCUUCGCUAUUUGCUGCCACCGACAUUGACGCCAUGAAACUGGGUCGUGCUACCCGAAGAUUUCCUGAACUGCACAUCAAGCUAUCAAGUGGCAAACCCGCCCUUCUAGAGAAUUAUUUCAUGAGAGUCAACGGUUUGACGGAGAAUACCCGCGAGUAUGGAAAGCUAGUGGCCAGGAAAUACCAACCUGAAGCUUUUGACGGUCAUGUCAACAAGAAGCAAUGCGGGAUUGAAGAAGGACUGCUUUUGCUGGAAGCACAGGAUCGAGUUUUGAAGUUUCUCGUCGACUCCUGCCACCAGGUUCUCCACGAUAUCCCGCAGGAUGCCUUGAUCGGUGAUUCCUUCCCUGUACUUCCGGAACCCCAAUUCAAGAGCGAAGUAACCGGCUAUGCGUCUCUGGCAGCUAUGGCUGCAGAAGCUCCGUAUCGCUUUCCCGCGCAACUAGACCUUUCUCUUGUACAGUCGAUGCUGUCAGCCAGGGCUUCUGCUCUUGAGGACCAUCUUUGGGCCCUAAGAGAAGACCCCGACUACUUCGUCACGCAGCUACUCGAGGCCAAGGAACAUCUAAUGCAGAAUCUGAAAGACGGAAAUGGCAAAGCCAAUCAUCCGUUGCUCUCUGACGGUCAACAGCCUACGAUGUGGGCCCAGGUUAUGUGCAGCUCUGUGGGAGAGACGUACUGGAACCUGGAAAUCCUGUCCGAAGCUAGCAGGCUGGCUGAGAAGGUGGCCGUAUUGCAGAAGAAGUAUGCGACGGAUAUCAGCUCGUCGAAGGACUUACCUGGAGACUAUCUAGAAGCAUUGCUCCUUUUCCAUCACUUUCUUGACCGUGCCCCCGCUCUACUACAAGGCACCCUUUGGCAUGCGGCCCCAGGCUCACCACCCCUUCGCCGAAUGUUUCGCCGUCAGCCGUCACGCAGUUUGAUGGAGGAGAUUCACGUGUUUUGCUUGAUGAAGGAUGUAGGAAAGGGAGAUAAGAUCGAGCAUAAACUUCUGUGGCUGCUCACGUACCUUUGGAGAGACAAUGAUGUGUUAUCUCUCAUCACGAUGCCAGUACUCGUUGAUGAGCUAGAACGACUACUCCAAGCUGAGCCAAGCGCACGGGCGAUGUUAACUCCCACGGUUUCAGCAAUGGUGGGCGACUUGUCCAUUCUCUCACAAUGCUGGCGUCAAAUCAAUUCAUACCAGCCAUGGGCUUGGACCUGGGAGUCUACUUUGAUCAAGCGCAGAGACGAGUUGGAAAGCCAGUACAUCAAGAGAUUCCAUGCGAAUUCCCGCUAUGUCAGCGUUCUCGAACCCAGCAACUUUAUCAAAACCGGGGUCCUUUGUGACUUUUCUAGUGGCAAGUUCGCCUACCCGUUUGAGGCACCCCGCACCAAAGCAAAUGUGGGCGCCCUGCGGAGCGCUGAACUCCGUCUGAAUGCUGUUUGGGCUGCCUUUGAUCAAGUGUUGCUCAAGGCCGGUGAUUUGCGUGGAACAGCUGCAGACAAAUUCCUCUCACAGCAAAGCAUCUUGCGCCGCACUCGGGACUGGGUCGAGUCUGAGAAUAGCCCCCCGGGCACAUCCAUCGGAUCUGAUUCAUAUCAUUCAUAUCGGCCCAUGUCAGAAGUCUACACCCUUUUCCGCAGUUCAUCAGCGCAGCAGACCAAGAAAUCAUCGGGGCUUUCCGCUAAGGCUCAGCCCUCAUUCAGCGUUGAUGCCCGCGCUCUGAAAGUAUUCCGGGCUCUAUUUUUCAACCCUGCCAUCACCAAUAUGCCUCAUGAGAUACCAUGGAAAGACUUUCUGCAUGCGAUGAGUUCUGUUGGAUUCACUGUCCUCAAGCUGUACAAUUCGACUUGGCAGUUUGCACCAACUAAGGAGGACGUUAAAAAAAGCAUUCAAUUCAGCGAGCCAAAAGGCAAAAUAUCAAUCACCAUGGCUCGUGUGUUUGGCCGAAGACUCAACCGCGCGUAUGGCUGGAAUGGCGAGAUGUUUUCUCUGAAGGAGCAGUAAGAAGCAAACGUGUGUCAACUCAAACAACACAAAACUCAUUGCUAAUACCUCACGUUUGACUUGAUGUUCUCACUUUCGUUUCACUUCGGUUCGUGCUGGAGACUCGAUCAUAUCUCUGCCAUCAUGUAUGAGUGCAACAUCCUGUUCCAUGACCCUUACCAAAAAAAAAAGAGCAAAAACAAAUGCGAUCUCCAGCAGCUAAAGCGAGUCGCCGAUGUAUGUGUUAUGACUUUACGAUGUCCAGGUACUUGAAUGACAAUCUCUACUCAUGAUUUUAGAAAUACCGAGUACUCCCCGUCCUUUCGCUUCGUUGUCUAAUGCAGCAUUCAGUCGUCUGACACCCAAUAGUGAUGCUACAGAGAGCCCAAGGAAUUUUUGCGUAGAAACAGACUUAUUCAGAGCCAUGCC